AUGCAUCAUCAAGAUUCAGAAUUGGAUGCUACUGAAAUAGAUAACAAUGUAUUUAUAUCAGCCGUAUCAUCGCUUGAUUCGCUUGCAGUCAAAUCUGUCAAUUGGGACAGAGUUCGUACCGCUACAGCAAUUGACGACAAUAUGAAUGAACUUAUCAACUUAAUUGAGUCUGGUACACCUGAAUUUCGUCAUGAAUUUCCUCUGCAAUUACGGGAAUACUUCCAAUUCCGUGAACAUCUUUACACUAUUGAUGGUGUUAUAAUAUACAAGGACAGCAUCGUCAUUCCCCCCAGCCUCCGAGAUGAAGUGUUGUCUGCUUUACACGCAGCUCACCAAGGAGUAACAAUAAUGAUUUCUAGAGCAGAGUCAUCAGUUUUUUGGCCACGUAUUACCCCUGCUAUUUCAGCACAAAGAGCCGGAUGCAACCAUUGUAAUCGGAUAGCACAUUCUAAUCCGAGUGCUCCACCUACACCUCUAAUGUCACCAGACAGCCCGUUUCAAUGUGUUUGUUCUGAUUUUUUUCAAUACAAAGGGAGUUGUUACCUGGUCAUAGUUGAUCGAUACUCAAACUGGCCAAUUGUUGAAAGAUCAUCAAAUGGAGCAGCCGGACUCAUAACCUGUCUUCGACGCACAUUUGUCACUUUUGGAAUUCCCGACGAACUAGCAUCUGACGGUGGUCCUGAAUUUACAUCUACUGCUACAAGACAGUUUCUUCGUGACUGGGGUGUACACCAUCGCUUAUCGUCAGUGUCCUUCCCUCAUAGCAAUUGCAGGGCGGAAGUUGGAGUAAAAACCGUCAAACGCAUGAUUGCUGACAACACUGGUCCUAAAGGUGAUCUCGACACGGAUGCAUUCCAACGGGCCAUGCUUCAGUAA